AUGAAGGUUGUUGCUGCGUAUUUGCUCACUGUUCUGGACGGCAACACCAGCCCCUCUGUCGAGGACUUGAAAACCAUUCUCGCCUCCGUUGGAACUGAAGUCGACAGCGACAGGAUCAAGUUGGUAUUGUCAGAACUCGAAGGGAAGAAUGAAACCGGAUUGUUUGUAGCCAUGUCUGCAGCUGCUGAGCAGAUGGAGGAGAAGGUACAAGAGAAGGAAGAGUCCAAUGGUGUACCAAUGGAUUUAGAUUCUAAGAGUCAAGCAUUAAAUGAUCGGAUAACUGCGCUCCCGGAUUUACUUCGUACUAGUAUAGUUGAUUUUCUUGGAUUGAAAUCUGUGAAAUGA